AUGACUGUUAGGGAUGCCCUCAAUUCUGCUAUGCGUGAAGAACUGGAACGGGAUAAAGAUGUUAUUAUUCUAGGCGAGGAAGUUGCUGAAUAUGACGGUGCCUACAAAGUUACGAAAGGUCUUUGGAAGAUGUUUGGAGAUAGUCGUGUCAUGGAUACACCGAUAACAGAGAUGGGGUUUGCUGGAAUUGCUGUUGGAGCAGCUAUGGCUGGCCUGAAGCCUAUAUGUGAAUUCAUGACUUUUAAUUUCGCUAUGCAGGCUAUAGACCAAAUAAUCAAUUCUGCUGCAAAAUCAUCGUACAUGUCCGCUGGACUAGUGUCAGUCCCAAUUGUUUUCAGAGGGCCGAAUGGAUGCUCUGCUGGCGUCGCCGCCCAGCAUAGUCAGGAUUACGGUGCGUGGUACGCUAGUUGCCCUGGUCUUAAAGUUCUGGCUCCCUACAGUUGUGAAGAUUGUCGAGGUCUCCUGAAAUCGGCCAUACGUGAUCCGGAUCCAGUGGUUCAUUUGGAGAGCGAAUUAUUAUAUGGACAGUCAUUUGAUGUUUCAGACGAAGCAUUGUCUUCAGACUUCUUGCUUCCUAUAGGUCAAGCUAAAGUUGAAAGGGAAGGGAAAGAUGUCACUCUCGUUAGUUACAGUUUAGGUGUGGGUACUUGCCUUGCCGCUGCUGAAGAAUUAUCAAAACUAGGUAUCAGUGCCGAGGUAAUUAAUUUGCGUUCCUUGCGGCCAAUGGAUGAAGAAACAAUAUUUCAAUCCGUUAAAAAGACACAUUAUUUAGUAACCGUAGAAAAUGGUUGGCCUGUAUGUGGUAUUGGUGCUGAAAUAUGUGCUCGCGUCAUGGAAACGGAUACUUUCAACUAUUUAGAUGCUCCAGUUUUACGGGUGACUGGCGCAGAUAUUCCUAUGCCAUAUGCUCAAAAUCUGGAGCGUGCUUCUUAUCCUGAUACACAUAAUAUUGUAACUACUGUAAAAAUGGUUAAGAAUAUUCAGUGA